AUGCUGGGGACAGGAACCUUUACAAGAAUCGUUCAUACAAGGACGACUGGACAGAGUUUUAGUCUGGUCUUUCCUCCAUCUUUUUGCACUACCAGGGGGCAUCUAACCAACUGUGUUAGACGUUUCACAAUCUCUGUCUCAAGAAGUUUCCCCUUAUCUUGUCAUCUAAAGUUGCACUGUAAAUCUUCACCUUUUUCGUCGUCACAGCAUUAUAGGACAAUGAGUUCCAGCUUGCCAAGAACGUUAAACAGUUUAAAUGAUGCUUUUUCAGACCCGAAUAAAGCACGGGUUGUAAAGCAGCUAGGGUUGAUGAAGCCUCGCAAGUCAUGGUUAGCAAGCUGUACAGAGGAGGCGGCAGUAUUUGUGCCUCUGUGCCUUGUGGACUCUGUUCCUUCAGUUCUCUUUACUCUACGCUCAAGUCAGUUGAAUAGCCACAGAGGAGAAGUCAGGUUAGGCUCUAUUUUAUUACUUAUUCAGCCCACUUGCAACUUAUCCUAAACGCCUGGACACGUAAGCUGGGCUGGGCUCACUUUGCCAAGAUAACUUUUAUCCCGCUAUCAGGUGAAGCGAGCCAGCCCAGAACCAUGACGCUUAGGGAACGCGUCCAAAUAUCGGUAGGGAACCCGAUCAUGGGAAACGGACCCGAUUAAUUUUCCGAUUGAUCGGAAUCGGUACCGAUCUAUAGGCACCAGUUGCCGUUUCCGAUUACGAUAAAAACUUUGCCGAUUCAAUCGGAGCCAGUUGACAUUCCGAUGUUCAUAUGUGUCAUCGUCAUAUUAUUUUAUCUGAUAUGUAAAAUGAAGCGUGUCACGAAACCAAAUAAUGAAAGAGUCGUUUCACUCCAAAGUAAUUUCAAUCGACUGUACCUUUUUCCUACUCCAUAACAAAUAGCAGUAUUGUAUGUUCCUGCAUGUUGUGUUUCGAGUUUGUUGAUUUGAUGCGUGCCUAUACACCUGAUUUUCGGCGUUUUGCAGAGGUAUUUCCUUCAGUCGAUCGCAAACACCACGCUGCUCCAUAACAUUUAUUAUGAAAAUUAAAAGGAGUCAAAUAUUACGACGCAAAACACCACUGUUCUUCGUUGAUAAAUAGCAAACAAAACACCUUACUGAGUAGUGUGUUCUUUACUCGAUACUUUCUAACAAUGCAAUCCAAAAACACAACCGGAACUCACUUUCUCGAAACACAACUGGAUUCAUAGACUUGUUACAAGUAGACCUCAACGAGUUUCCUAGCGAGCGGAGCGAGAGCAAAACCAUGGAUAAUAUAAAACCACGGGAUAAACUUUUACGAAAAUUGGCGUCUUUCAUUCAACGAUCCUAAACGCAAGGUGUAACGCGAUCUGCGGCAAAAAAUACCGACCAAUUAGAUUGCGGCCUCAGAUUGUCUUCGGGGAAUUAGCAACAAGAACUGAAAGAUUCCCACACUCGCGAGUCACGGAAGACACGGAACGAAGUUUCAUACAGGAGCUACCAAAGAGAGAAUGGCUUAGCGACUUUGCUGUAUGUUCUGUGAGCUUGAGCAUGGUGCCACGUGAAAUUGCUUUCCACUCUCAGCACUUAGAAAAAUUUGCGCUUGACUCUAGGUGGCUGACUUUUUGACAAAAAUCAGAACCUUUUUUACCGGAGUGUUCAACUAAAGAAACUGUGCAUACAUCCGGUAAGUUCGACCCAAUUUAAUAGCGGAAAGAGAAUCGAGAAAGAGAAAACCAGUUGAACGCCUCCAUCAGUCACUUUUUUGAGUUCAUAUGCAACCAAUAAACAACUUGCAGCCUGAUUCUCAGACGAUGUCCUCUUCUCUCCUGUGGCAAUUUAGCAGUUAAAGUACACAACAUGGUAACAACAUUUGCAUUUUGGUCGUGGAUGUUCUUACUUCUUUCUAUGUUUUUCGUUUACAGUCCUUAACUGUUUAUUUCUCCAAAGAUUCCUAUAAUCAUGCGUUUUGGGUUCCGGUUAGCACAGGCUCGAGCUAUUUUAAAAUUAUCAUUUUGAGAUCGUACACUUGCAAUGUACAUUGCGGCGUCUUUUACUCAAAAGAUGCUCUUCAGCGUUGUUGAAUGACCUGCUGUUUCUUCUCGUGCCCAUUUUGAUACACAAAUUUAAUAUUUUCUGGUCAUACUCUGUCAUAGGAAAUAUAAACAAAAUGUCGAAACUGUGACGUUAAAUUUCGGUUCAAACAAGACACAUUUCAAUUUUAUAAGAAAGAUAAGGUUAUAAAAAACAACAUUCACGCUUUUGCUUUUGCUUUUGUGACGGGUUAUUUGAGCUGCCAGAUAUUUUCGAUGACCUUUGUUAAUUGGCCCGAUAAAGACUUGAGACCCGUUGCCGAUUCCGUUUCAUUCGGCACCGAUAAAAUCGGGUCCGACCUUCAACAGAAUCGGAAAAAAUCGGUGCCCAAUUGAUCGGCAUCGGUGUGACCCGAUGCCGAUAUUUGGACGGGUUCCCUUACAGACAGACUGAAAAAGCAGUGUUUUGUAAAACCCAUAGUCCUGCAAGUCACUGGUCUGGUUUGCCUGGCUAGCCUAGCCUGAGAAAACAGCUGGCGACAUUCCAUGAUUCUGCCAACUGUUUUCCUAUAAACUGAUAUCUAAGGAACAAGUGAAGAAGUCCGGGGGGAGGGGGGACUCUUUUAUAUAAGCCAUAUAGGUAUGUACCACCCCAACGGGUAGGGUUUUUGGGCGUUUUUGGUCUGAAAACAGGUAUACACUUUGCUUAUUUUGGUCUGGAGUUGGGUAGGAUUUUUGAGAGAACUACAGGAGCGCAUGAAUGUAGUUAUUGUUUCAACUCCAAAUGAAUAAGAAUGAAAUAGAAAACUGCGAAUUCGAAAUGCAUUUGAAGAAUUUUUUUGUUUGCACUCUAAUCUAUUAAAGUGAUGAUGACAUAAUUUCUUUUUAAAGGCCAGGUCUGAAAACGGGUAUGGCUUUUAUAGGUCUGGUCUGAAAAUGACAUUUUUCUGAUUUUUUGGUCUUAAACAGGGUCAGGAUUUGGAGAACCAAGCAGCACAGCCCCACUAAGAAUUCCCAGAAGUACCCCUGCCCCCCUAGGUGCAGAAGUCACUUCCCUGACCUGGAUAUUGCUUCUGGUUUGCUGCCACAUAAUCACAAAGUUGAUGGGUUUUUUUGCAUUUGAUUAACAUGCCAAGAUCUUGACAAUUGGAGCAAAUCCAGGCUUGUGUAAUCAGCCCCUAGGUCUUGUUUUUCCUAGAUGAAAAAUGAGGGGUCUCUCAGUGCUCUGAACCUAUGAAAUACAGGGUAUCCAGCUAAUGAAUUCUAUGAAAAAACUCAGAUUUUCUGGUUGCCUGGGAUCAAUUUACUGUUAGGCACCAGGUGUGACUGGGCACUGCAGGAGCAGAACCUUAAACUUACUUUGGUGACUGGACUUUGAAUAGCAUUUAAGUAAAAGCACACACCAGCCAUGAGGCUGAUAGAGCCAGAACUUAACUUUCAGUUUCUGUAGGAUAAAGCACCUACAUAUGUCACCAAUACCCAUUUUUAAUAAACCUGGGUGAAUAAGACCUUUUUUUUAAGUUACGGUUCGUAAAAGGGGCAACAAAAAUGUGCAACUUGUUUUGCCAUGUUGCAGUAGAAUGGAAGCAGUGUUGCACAUAAUUUUUACCUCACACAUUCAAACCUGUCUUGCAACAAAUCAGCUUGUUGCAAGCUUGAAACAAGAUAUGUAUUAAUUAAUUAUAUAAUUAAUAUAUUAUAUAUUAAUUUUUUUUAGCUUUCCUGGAGGAAAGAAAGAUCCUGAAGACUCAAGUUUAAUAGUGACGGCUAUCAGGGAAAUGGAUGAGGAAUUAGGGUUGGACAGAAGGCACGUGGAAGUCUGGGCUCCGAUGCCAACGAUGCCUGAUCGAGUAAGGCAUUGUCUGUCAAAAAUUAGUUAAUCUAAUAGUUGCUUAAUCUAAGUCCUCAGGUACAUUACACUGUACAUUACAACGUAAUGUUUAAAAGAAGAAAAGAGAGGAACUUGCUAUUAUUGAUUUUAGUCACUUUUGUUAAGAAAUCUGAUCUUCUCACUUGAAAAGAAAAAUAUUAAUUUUUUUGGACAAUAUAAUGUAUGCCCAAACAUCUGAUUUGUAAGAGUAACAUAAAAUGACAAGUAAUUCUCAGCCCUGUCUUCUCCUCCCAAUAAACAAUACAAUUAGAGAACAGGUGAGAAUUUUUAAAAGAAAAACUCAGAGAAAUAUUCUUCAAUCCAAUUUAAAUCGAUCGUGGUUUGUUUUAAUACUUGUAUUAUUUUGUUGAUAGCUUGGUAAAACUGCAAUCACACCUGUUCUUGGGUUUAUUGGAGAAAUUGAUGUCACUUCACUUCAACUAAAUCCACAUGAGGUAGGUGAAUUAUGUGUUGUUUGAUCUUGGUCCUUAAGGUCCAUUCUUUUUCAAGAUAGCUGGAUUAUAAAAUUACCAUUUCAAUUGCUUUACCCUAGGUUGCUUCAGUGUUCACACUUACCUUGGAUCAUGUGUGCAGCACUAACAAUCAAAGAUACACUAAACACAAACACCUUGGAGUAACAAUCAUGAAGAGACCAGUGUUUAUUAAUGGCCCCCACAGAAUCUGGGGUCUUACAGCUAUUGUCCUGGACUUUGUAAUGGAAGUUUUGUGUCCAGAGUUUUAUCACAGGAUAUUUCAAAUUAAAGGACAUGGCCUGGGAUAAAUUACCUCUCCUUAGUGAUCAGAACUAUAGCAUUCAAAAAAAAUAAUUUUUUUUAAAGGUCAUUAAAAAUGUUGAUGCCAUUGAGCUAAAGAGACCUUCAUUGAUGAUGUAAUGUAGUGUCUUACAUUUGAAUACUCUGAGAAUCUUGCCAUAUCUUAGAUGUGCAUAGCACACUGUGUAGUGAUCCUUGUAAUAUUGACAUCUGGCUGUCCCCUCCUUGGCGUGGCAUUUUUAAUGACAGACAUUAUGUUUCUAUUUGUUUAUGAGGGUGCCUCUAUAAUAAUAUUGCAAUAAAUUAGUGUGUGUCAUUAUUUAUAAAUCGUUGACACACAAAAAAAAGGCAUAAAAAUUCAUAAGAAUGAGUGGAUCAUAUGUUGGGGGGGGGGGGGGGGGGGGGGGGGGGGGGGGGGUAAAUUUGUUUAUUUUAUAUGUGGGUUGACCUAAUAAAAUAAAUAAAAUAAAUAUUUUUGUUUUUUUUAUUUAAAGAAGAGAAAAAAAAAAAAAAAAAAAAAAAAAAAAAAAAAAAGUGGGGUGUUGGGUGGGGGGGGGGGGGGGGGGGGUGGAAGUGGGAGGUAGAGUUAGAAUUAGAAGAAGAGAAUGGACUAUGGCUAUCCACCUAACAAAUCAGUACAGAUCCAGUAGAUAAGUAUUAUGGAAACCCCAUAAUGAUAGCAUUAUCCACCUUUUGAAUGCCUGGGGUCUUAUGAGUUCCACAUAACUUAUGCCGCCAUAUCUCUGUCCGUGCAGGUGGAUUCAGUUUUUACUCUUCCUUUGAUGCAUUUGUGUAAUCCAGUCAAUUAUGGCUACACCCAGUUUACUUCAAGCGCUAUCUUACCAGUCUUUAUCAAUGGACCUCACAGGGUAUGGGGACUAACUUCAGUUAUUCUAGAGCAAGCUCUGUUGCUUCUGGUUCCAGAGUAUUACCCACAACAAUUUUGGAAAUUUGCAUUCAAACCACUGUUAGCUAAAAUUUAA